AUGUCAGCAGCUUUGGCCAAGCUCGCGAAUGCGUCGUCCUCAUCGUUGGGAAGAGCGCUUCAUCUGAAGCUGCCCAAAGGGAUCGCCACGGACAGUGCGCUUGUCAAUCGCCACGUGGCAUCUGGAGCAGCCAGAGCAGCAGCGGCUGUGCCGGAGGAAACUUCAUCCCAGAAGCUGCAGCAAGCUGCUGGCUGGCUCUCCCUGAAUGCUCCGCACCUGAAGGACACCUUUGACACACGUUGUCUGACAACAGCGGACGCCAGCAAGCAGCUUGUGGCAGGCCGGUCGCAAUAUCUUUCCAAACUGGCCCGCGAAGAUCCCACGUACUGCCAGUGGAUUCUCAGACAGGCGAAGGGUGGCGAUGUCUCUCCGAAGAUUCAAGCGAUGGCCGAUUGGCUCAAGGACAAUGCGCCGCACGUUCAGGAAUGUGGGAUUUUGGCAUCAGGCAGCAAGCACUACGGACGGCCAGUUUCUGAACUCGUUACUGAAGAUCCGGUGUUCUGCCAAUGGGCUCUUCAGAAGGUGGAGGAGGGAGAUGCCUCGCUGGGAGUGCGGGAAAUCGCCGAGUGGCUCAAGAAGAAUGCGCCGCACCUGCAGGAGCGGGGUCCUUUUGCUUCAGGCCGCAAGCAUCGCGGACGACCCAUGUCUGAAGUGGUGGCUGAAGAUCCCGCAUACUGCUUGUGGGUGCUACAGGAGGCUAAGGCGGCGACGGCGUCACAUGGAUUGAGAGAAAUGGCGAAAUGGCUUACUGCGAACGCACCGCACCUCAAGGACAGCCUGCAGGUGCAGGACAAGGGCUGCUUUGUUUCAGGUGGAAAGUAUCAUGGACGACCGAUGUCUGACUUGGUGACGGAAGACGCGGCGUAUUGCAAGUGGAUUCUCCGAAGAGCCAAGGACCCCGCUUCUUCGCAGACAUUGCGUGACAAAGCAAUGUGGCUGAAAGAGCACGCUCCGCAUCUCGAGGAGCAGGUGGCUGCCAAAGCGGAAGUUCCCAUCACAGGCGGACGGCAGGGCAAUGACGAGUUCCUUUCACGACUGGUUGCUGAAAAACCAUCGUACUGCUUGUGGAUUCUUCGCGCAGCAGAGGAGAAAGAGGCUUGUGACAAAUUGCGAGAUCAAGCCGCGUGGCUCUCGAAGCAUGCGCCGCAUUUGAAGGAGACGCGGGUGGUCUGCAUGCGGAGCGUGCACCGGGGAAUUCCGCUUCCCCAGCUUGUCGCUGAAGAUCCACGGUGGUGCCGCUUCGUUUUGGAUCAAGCGGAGGCGAAGUGCAAAGAGUUUGGGGAGGUGGCAGUAUGGCUUCGCGAAAAUGCUCCUGAACUUCGAGAUGUGUCCAGCGACGACGAAGCAAUCUUUGAAGAGCUGAGCCGGAAGAUGCUCGAAAGAUAUGGCCAGUGGUUCGUCAUCCGGUAUGGCAAACAUCGCAUGAAGACGUUCUCCGCCGUGGUGCAGGAAGCGCCAGGCUUUGUGAGAUGGGCCCAGGAGACUGUUGCGCGCAACGCCCGGGAGGGGGCCGUCGGCAGGAAUAGCAGCAACUUCGAGCUUUUUGUGACUUUCGCCCAGCAGCUGCGCAGCCAGGAGAAAGAAGAUCCAGUGGUUCUGUGCGACAUGCAGGAGACGGACGUGCAGGUCGCCUGUGCUUCAGGCCAGCCCCUGCCAGAGACAAUCGCUCAGAAAGCCACUGAGAGCAUGACAGCGUGA